AUGGGCUCCCUCAACCCCGAACCAUCCCAGCAACCCCAUGUCCCCAGCCCUGGAGUAUGGUGUCCAUCAGUCACCUUCUUCAACCACGCAGACGACACAGUUGACCAUGACGCACAAGCGAAAUACUAUGCUCAUCUCGCCAACUCGGGCUUGAAUGGACUCAUCGUCAUGGGCUCCAAUGCAGAGGCCUUCCUCCUCACCCGGGAAGAGCGUUACGACCUCAUUGCCCUCGCGCGCAAGACCAUCGGCCCUGACUUUCCCCUCAUGGCCGGUGUCGGUGCUCAUUCCACAAAGCAGACUCUCCAACUGGCUGAGGAUGCACAUAAGGCUGGCGCCAAUUAUUUGCUGGUUCUACCUCCAGCUUACUUUGGCAAAGCGACUACAAUGAAUGUUGUCAAGCGCUUCUUCGCAGAGGUCGCAGCCAAGUCGCCUCUCCCUAUCGUUAUCUACAACUUUCCCGGUGUCACAAAUGGAGUUGAUCUUGACUCUGAGACCAUUGUCCAGAUUUACGAGGAGAGCAAGAAGUCGCAUCCCAGCGGAAAGUCGAACAUUGUCGGCGUGAAGCUUACCUGCGGUUCCGUUGGCAAGAUCACCCGUCUAGCAGCUCAGAUUCCCUCAGACGAAUUUUCCACAUACGGUGGUCAAUCCGAUUUCCUCAUCGGCGGUCUCGCAGCGGGCAGUGUUGGUUGCGUCGCGGCUUUUGCCAACGUGUUUCCCACUCUCACAUCAAAGAUCUACGCCUUGUACAAGGAAGGCAAAUUUGACGAGGCGCUCAAGUUGCAGCAGCUUGCGGCUCUGGCGGAGAGGCCUUGCAAGGCGGGUGUCGCGUCAACAAAGUACGCUGUCGCUGUUUACUCGGCCAAGUUGGCUGGUGUCGAGGGCGCCGAGGAGAAGUUGGCACCGCGACAUCCGUAUGAACCUGUUGGUGACGCGGUGAAGCAGGGCGUGAAGAGCAUUAUGAAGGAGGCUGGAGAGAAGGAGGAAGAGUUGCUCAAGACGUGGACUGAUCGUGUCAAGGGACGAUUGAACUAG